CCGUAACCUCUUCCCGCUGUCGGUUUCAGGCCAUGCGAAAGAUGCUCUUAGUCUCGCCCAGAUGCAAGAGCAGACCUUGCAGCUGGAACAGCAAACAAAACUUAAGGAGUAUGAAGCUGCCAUAGAACAACUGAAGAAUGAGCAGAUACGGGUACAAGCAGAAGAGAGACGAAAAACACUCAGUGAAGAAACAAAACAGCAUCAAGCACGAGCCCAAUACCAGGACAAAUUGGCAAGGCAGCGCUAUGAUGAACAGAUGCGACAGCAGCAACUUGUUAAUGAAGAGAAUCUGAGGAAGCAGGAAGAAUCUGUGCAGAAGCAGGAAGCCAUGAGGCGUGCUACUGUAGAGAGAGAGAUGGAGCUGCGGCAUAAGAAUGAAAUGCUGCGCGUCGAGGCAGAGGCGAGAGCCCGUGCCAAGGCUGAGCGGGAGAACGCAGACAUCAUUCGGGAGCAGAUCCGCUUAAAAGCUGCUGAACAUCGCCAGACAGUGUUAGAGUCCCUCAAGACAGCUGGGAUGCUCUUCGGGGAAGGAUUCCGUGCUUUUGUAACAGACUGGGAUAAAGUUACAGCCACGGUGGCAGGCCUAACCCUGCUGGCAGUGGGUGUUUACUCUGCCAAGAAUGCCACGGCAGUAGCAGGGCGGUACAUAGAAGCACGUUUGGGCAAACCAUCUCUGGUGAGAGAAACCUCACGCAUUACUGUGCUGGAGGCACUGAAGCAUCCUAUCAAGGUUGGUAAGCGUCUCACCAGCAAGGCUCAGGAUGCUCUUGAAGGAGUUGUUCUCAGUCCACAGUUGGAAGCACGUGUGAGAGACAUUGCCAUAGCAACAAGAAAUACAAAAAAGAACAAAAGCCUAUACAGGAAUAUUCUUAUGUAUGGUCCCCCUGGCACUGGAAAGACGCUCUUUGCCAAGAAAUUAGCUGUGCACUCGGGCAUGGAUUAUGCCAUCAUGACCGGUGGCGAUGUUGCCCCCAUGGGGCGGGAAGGAGUUACUGCCAUGCAUAAACUCUUCGACUGGGCAAACACCAGUAGGAGAGGCCUCUUGCUAUUUGUGGAUGAAGCGGAUGCGUUUCUGCGGAAGAGGGCAACAGAGAAAAUCAGUGAAGAUCUCAGAGCAAUCCUGCACAGAACAGGGCAGCACAGCAACAAGUUUAUGCUUGUUUUAGCAAGCAACCAGCCUGAGCAAUUUGAUUGGGCUAUCAAUGACCGAAUAGAUGAAAUGGUGAACUUUGAUCUGCCUCAGCUAGAAGAACGGGAGCGGCUUGUGAGAAUGUAUUUUGAUAGGCAUGUCUUGAAGCCAGCCACAGAGGGUAAACAACGUUUGAAACUGGCCCAGUUUGACUAUGGGAAAAAGUGUUCGGAGAUUGCCAGGUUGACGGAGGGCAUGUCUGGCCGAGAGAUCUCUCAGCUUGCUGUGGCAUGGCAGGCUGCAGCUUAUGCAUCAGAGGAUGGUGUUCUUACAGAGGCCAUGAUUGAUGCCCGGGUAGCCGAUGCUGUGCAGCAACACAAACAGAAGAUGGAGUGGCUGAAAACAGAGGGUGCUGAAGCAAGCAAAGGGACUGGCAUAAACCCACUCCUGCCUUUUCCCAAAGGAACGCCAGUGUGACAAGUCUGCAGGCUUCAGACCAGCAUGUGUGGGGAAGUGGGCACGGGAGAAAGCUUGGGAGGGUCUUUUGGGCAAAUGUUUGCUGGAAUCAUGUGCUGAGAGAAAUGUGUCUGUUGGUGCAAGAGAGGGGGUACAGCCUCAGUCUGCCUUUGACUUUAUGUUUUUAAAGUGCACCAGAAAACAAAAUGGUUUAAAUAAGGCAGAAGCAAUUGUAUUAAAGGACCCCCUUGCUGAAAUACCACUGACUGUGUUAGUCUGUAUGGCCUGUCCUGUUAGAGAGGCCCAAACUCCAAAUCCUUUUCAGCUGUUUGGCACUGUUCUGGAGUGUCCCAGUGACAUGGGCCUGUGGGAACCCAGGGCCUGUCCAAGCCUGCUACUCCCACAGAUUUGGCUUUGCAGGGUUUAUGCUCCAGCAGAGGGAUUUCUCAUCUUUUCCACAGGUCCUGCCCAUGACACGCCUCUGUGCUCACAUCUCUGUAUGGCAUCACUCCUUGCUCUCUUCUCGUCCCCCCUUAUAGACUCAGGGUACACUUUGUGUUACAGGGGUGUAUUUGGUGUAGUUCACAGCUGCGCCUGGUUGACUUGGAGUCAACACUUAAGAGAAACUACAGGGGUGCAGUGGGUUGGCUGAUGAGCACUGGGACUUCCCUUGUGAUGUGGCUACACCCACUGGUGCCUGGCUGCUGCCUUUUGGCUUCUCUGUGCUUGGGUCCCCUGGAGGAUGGCUGUAGAGCCAGCCUGCAGUGGUACACUGCAAGGGACUAAAAGCUCUGGAGCAUGCCUCCUCAGCGCUGAAGCACCAAGUGUUCCAAGCCUGAGAGCUUUUGUGCCCCUCCAGUGUAAUAUUGUGGGAUACCUGCACGCACUCCCUGUGGAUCACAAAAGGUUAUUUGAACUGCAGUGGAACGACUGGCACUUCCUAUAGCAGCGUCUUGAAAGCACGGCUCAGGAUGCUGAGCUGCUGCAGGAACCGCUGCUUCCCAGGUUCCGAUGGGUCUGGUCUGACUGUACAGCCCACAGUGCUUUGUUUGCUUUCCCCAGCCCUAGAUUAUUUAAAAAUCUCUCUCUUUAAGGAGGUGAGUAGGCAAGGCUCAGUAGGUCUGUCUGCCGUAUGGGUGUCCAGCAUGGUCUGAAGACAGAGAGAGAUGAGUGGGGCUUGUUUGCUCCUGGCUGCUGCCAUCAAGCUGCUCUUGCUACCCAAGUCUUCUGCUGCAUUUCUGGAACAACUGAGAAAUGUGCCACUGUCAAGUGAUGAACACAUGCCUGUCUCCAUCAGCUGCUAUUUGUUCUGUCUGCGUGCAGAUAAGAGAGAGGUCAGAAAAUCUCUUGGUUUUUUUCUGAGUUUGAACUGGAUUUGAACUCUGUGCUCUGCUCCGAGUCCCCUUCUGUAGCUACACUAUGCAAGCACAUUUGCCUGACCUAAAUCUGUGCCCUUGAGUACCUUGCUGAGAUGUUCUCCUUUGACAGGAACCGACAGCAGCCUCUGCUGUGGCCAUUUCACUGGUGGCUGUUACUGAGCUUUGAGAGAUGCAGCCUGACAAGAGCUUGUGCGCAUGGGAGCGGAACAGGGCUGGUCACCAGGAUCCUCGGAAUGGGCAGCCUUGUGGGACACCAGGACAGAAAUAGUUCUUGAGGCUGCAAACCUUCACUGUCUUGAGGUGCCAUUUUCUCUCAAAAUAGUUCUCUGAUAUUUUCCCCUGGAUGCCAAAGCAGAAUUUGAAGAUGCCUUUUAGAAGCUGCCCCUUUGCUAAGGACGGGUGUCCCGCAGCAGUAGUGUGUGCCCAGACUUGCUUGCCCCGCUAACGCUUCUUGCAAGGUACCUUGCUGUGGGAAGGGAGGAAUCGCUGUACAAACUGAAGCUGCGUACUCCAAAUGACUGAAAUAAACUUCAAUGCCAUUUUUUUUAUCUCCCCUUCAGCCUACGUGUAGUUGUCCUUUAGUCCGCUGAGGGCACUGAGGAUUCGCUGUUCUAGGCUUUCCCCUUCCUAUUUAGAUUUUACUAGAAUUACAUUUCUGUUGGGCCCCAGGAGAUGGAAGGGAGCUAAGCAGAGCCAGUCUCUACUACACAACCCUCGCUAACGAAUUAUGUGAGGGAGCUGUCUGAUGCUGUGUGAUUAAAAUCUCUAAUUGUGAUACCCACCUUCAAUACUUCCCCCCUCUUCUAUAAUCAUCUCCAUGAAGCACAAAAUGAGCUGGGGGAGGGGAAAGGUACUGUGUCUUGUCCUUAUGCUGUCUGACUGCGCUUUUGCUGAUACCGAGAGCUGGGAAGAGAAUCCUGCUGUAAAGCUGCGUGGAAGGCGCAGCAGUUGCUGUCUCAGCAGUUUCACGCGAUUCCUCCUUCAGAUUGCAUCAGGUCCCUCCGUGGAAGCAGAGGGAGCGCAGUGCUUGGGAUGCAGCUACGACCCGUGCUUCUGUGCUGUGCAGCGGUGAUUAAUUGCAGGGUCGGGAGAUCAAUUAGCUAGAAGUGGCCUCUCGCUGUGGCAGGGAAGGCAGCAGGGAGCUGACCUAAGGGUUUGCAGGUUUGCCUGAGUACAGGAAUACUUCCCGCUGAGGUUUUAAGGGCUUUCAACAACCGCUUAAUGAUGGAUGCCACUGGUCCUUACCUGAGCUUUGCUGCCUGGGCUUCACAGGGAUGGAAAGGACUUCUCUCCUGAAGACGGACGCAUGGGUGCUUUUGAGAACACGCGGAUGCCUUAGCAUUUCUGGCGCGUAUUGAGCCGUUGCGCUGGUGUGACUCGCCAGCCGGUGCUGCUUUUGUCCCAAGGGGCAAAGUUCUUUCCCCUUCUUGUGCAGCCUGGGAGAUGAUGUGCUCUCCACUAAGUCUGUUUUCUUUAGUUUAUUUUCCUUUAAAAGGUAGGGGAGGGGUAAGCAGAGACAUCUCUAUACUAGGAACUUACUCCUAGGAACAGGGCUCUUUAAUACACAGAACUUGUCUUGUGCAUCUCAACCUCCCUUCACUCUCAGAAAUCCUCAAUCAGCUGGCCAGAGCUUUGCACAUCUGUGCUCUUCACGCUUUGUCAGCAAUGUGUUGCAGGCUCUCGUGUCACCCUGGUGCCAGCUGCAAUCCCAGGAGUGGAGCGCUUCAGGGCUCACUUGUUUUCUUCCCUCUGGUCACAAUCUCCCUCCCCAGCCCCUACCUGGUAGGUUGUGACAGCACCUACGUGUCUGAAAUUCGCAGUGGGUUCUCAUCCUCCUUUCCAGAGAAGCUCGUGGCUCUGGGCAGAGCAGGCACAUCCCCCAAUCCCCUUCUGAGCAAUCCCUGUUAAUAUAAUGCCUAGAAGUCCACAAUCACGUCUACCUUUGGCAGCAGGGGAAGGACUUUGCACCCAGCCCAGUAGCUUGGAUACCUCAUUUAUCAAACUCUUGCUGGAUGAUGGAGGUCUGUCUUCCCACCUGUGAAGAAGAGAAGGAGGUGGCACCUAGGCUGGAAAAAAGGAGCAGAAAAAGGACAUGGAGCAGAAAAGCCAGAGAUGAGCCUGAUUCAAGAGGGUUGAGGAGGGUUGCGGUGCUACAUCUGUCGGGCAAGGCAGGUAAGGAGUGGCAGAGGUGGUGUGGACAGCUUGUUUUGCUUGGGUCCAAUCUUCCAAUCCAGUUGUUUUCAUCUCUUCCCACGGCAUUGAAAGAGUUGCAUGGCUUCCGCUUGUACAAACUGAUGCUAUUUGUUCUUCCCUAGCAGUGUUUUGGGAGCUGGUGGUGUAGGUUCCAGCCAAAUAUUCCCCUGUUUGAGCUCAACAUCCUUGUGUUCUGGUUAGUGGCAUGGGGAAUGCUGGGAACGUGUGUAGCGGAUGCAUUCUGCAGUUCUGCAUCGGGUCGGUCUUAGUGCAACCUGGAACAACUGUCAGGCUUGAAAGUGCUGCUUUUUUCAGUGUUGCCACUUCAUUUUUUUUAUUUCCACAGGAAAUAAAGUUCUCCAUCCGUUCUCUCACACUUGCACACUACUCUUCCUUCCUUCCCAUCAUGUGCCAUGGGCUGUUGGACUGAUGAAGCCAGCUCUCUCGAUGUGUCCCAGGCACUAUUGCUCUCUAAAGCCUGCCUUUCAAAAGAGAUUCCUUGUCCCUCUUGCUAUGCACGUUGCUCCUAGCCACCGGCGAGGUGAUUUCAUGCCCUACUGCCUGCUGAAUGGCUGUGCCAUUUGCUGUCGCUGCUGCUGCUUGUCUGGAAUAGGACAGGAAAGGAGAAAAAAAAGCCACCUGCCAUGGUUCGACUCCUGCCUCAUCAAAGAUUUAAAUGCAGGGCCUGUCACCUCUGCCAGCCUCAUCAGUAAGUUUGGUUUGCUGGCAGCUCACAGGAUGAACGAUGUCCCUGUGGAGGUGGCACCCAGGUAGCUAUUUGCUAACACUCCAUGCAGGGAUAUAGGACGGCAUCCCCAGGCUGAGGUUGUCUCCUCUCCAUGACACUGAGUGAGUUACGAGCUAAUGGCACUUUAUUAAAAUAGUAUUUUGGAUUGGAGAGCAAAUCUAACAGCAGAUGGAUUAGCGAGCAAUCCAUCACUCCCCGACUGCACCGCUGCCAGCUGAAACGCCUUCUCUGCGCUUCAGCAUUGCAGCUGGGAGACAGAUUUAUAACGUGGUCAUCUAUCUACUCCCAGUUGCCAUCCAUUAAAAGUAUUUACUUUUGAAUGUGGUACUCGGGGAGGGAAGUUCCACCGUGCAGGUACAAGGAUGCAAGCGCCGCGUGCUUUCUCACCAGUGCCUGUCCUGUGCUGCAGGAGUUACGGGAGACGGGAGCCUCCCCGGGAAGUAUUUCCCUGCCAACCUGUGUUUGUGUUUUGAAUGGAGAAGAAAUACUGAGAUUCUUUUAUAAUCCAUCAUCUGUGGCUGUUUCUAUUGUGUUGCAACAUUAUUAUUCUCUCUAUAUGUUUGGUUUGGUUUGUUUUAUUGCUUGAAAAGCGGCAAAUUGGUUAAUUUGGCCUGUAAUGCAAGUCACUGGCCUGCCCUGGGAAGCUUUGCCACUCCAGGAGGUUCUUUGCUUACGGAAGGCAGCCCAUCUCCUGCAGGCAGUGACUGAACGCUGUUGGCACUUGGAUGUAAGCAAUGGGGAUCUGUUGGAGGGAUCCUGACAAAAACACGCCAGCGUUCGCUGUUUCCUAUGGGUGGCUCGGCUCUGUGUUCACCUGGCGUGCAACCUGCCAGGGCUGCGCCUUCCCUGCCGGAGGAUUCUCCUCUCUUGGGCUUCUCUUACAGCCACGCACAGCCCGUCGGUGCCAGUGCAGCUCUAAGGCCUAGACAGGAAAAAGCACCUCAAAAGAAACCAAAGCAAACCCAGGAGAUUGCCCAUAGCAAACCCGUCUGUAGGUGAAGAGCUGGAGGACAGUGUGGCUGCAACAAGACGGGGAUUACCGCACAAACAGCGGAGGUGCAAAUGGGCACACGUGGGCAGGCCAGUGGCUGCGUGUCAGCUUUUGGCAGGUGAUGCAGAUACGGUCCCAGGGUAUCUCGAGAGGGGCAGGUGAUGCAGAUACGGUCCCAGGGUAUCUCGAGAGGGGCAGGUGAUGCAGAUACGGUCCCAGGGUAUCUCGAGAGGGGCAGGUGAUGCAGAUAUGGUCCCAGGGUAUCUCCAGAGGCAGCCCAACUGUGCAACUGCAUCACUUGCGGAGCAAGGAGCGAGGAUGCAGUCUGAGGGCUAAUUUUAGGUCAGCCAUCCUGCAGGAAUUUCACAAGCCAAAAACAACAGUGCAAAAGCCUUCCUCCAAUGGUUACCUCUCCACCCUGCUUCUCUUGCAACCUCCAGGCUGUUCAUGAUGUGCAUCCCUGAGCUGGUGUUUUCACAGGCUCCUGGCUCUGCUGGACCUUGCGAUUUGGCCAGCAUCUCUCCCACCCAUCAGCCAUUCAGGCAUUGGGAUAAGGCAAAGUUUGCCCAUCUGACCUGCAGCAGAAGAGGGACAAAAGGACUUCAAUCAACUGGAUGCUCAGUGAGUGUCACCAGGCUGCUUCACUCAUCUCUUCUUACCACACACCGAGAGCAGAGGUUGGUGCCUGGUGAAGGACAGGUAUGGGUCAGCUCUUGCUUUGCAUCACCUGGGACAGUGUAUCGUUGCUGGCUGGUUUUCCUUCCCUUUUCCGUGAUUCCUUGAGGUAGCACAGCCUUACCAAAUCGUGGUGACAUCUUCUGAUACAUGGCAUCUCCUGGAAUAAAGCUCUAGCAGCACUACGUGACAUUAUUUUUAUAAGGUGUGGAAAGGGGAGCAGUGCAUGGGUAGCUCAGAGAAGUCCCCAGGCAGUCCUCCAGCUCUUGCCUUAUCUCUCAUUGUUCUCACCUCAACAGAAGCCAGAUCAUCCGUCUCUGGUGCUGGCCAUUUUUACCCCCAGACAUAAUUUGAGUUGCCAGCGCCUGCAACUAUCAGUCACUUCCAUGACAACAGCUCUCUGCCUUGCUGCCUGGUGUCUCCACCAAGCCUGGUGAGAUGUGCCUGGAUUUGCCCAGAGACUCCUAGAACAACUCGUGCAUUGGCACCUCUGCACGUAAGGGCUGAUGUCCUGCUCAGUGCCAAAGUCGCUCUGUUUGCGUUUGUGUGGUCCUGCCCCGGGAGAGGAAAGAGCAGGCUGAAGAGUGUUAAAGGACUGGUUCAUGGUGGCAGAUUUUGGUACUGCUGGAAUGGGAAAUGACCUCUCCUCGUCCGUGCCAAAGCCCUCGGUUCCCUGUACCCUGCCUGCCCUCCUUGCCCUUGCCGCAAAAGGCAAGAGAGGCCCAUGCUCCUCU